AUGUCUGUUUUAAGUGAUUCAGUCAAGCUACCUUGUGGCUUGGUCUUCCCCAACCGACUGUCCAAGGCCGCAAUGGCCGAGAACAUGGCGAAAACAAACAGUCCCAAUGAAGACUUUAACGAGGCAUACAACAAGUGGAGCGCGGGCGGAUGGGGCAUGAUCAUGACCGGAAAUGUGCAAGUCGACAUCGAUCACCUUGGAAACUUCAUGGACCCUGCCUUUCAAGGCGAAAACGCGACCUCUAAGGAGAUUCAUAUGGAGUCGUGGAAGAAAUAUGCUGCCGCCAGUCAAAAGCAUGGCUCGCCCACCAUUGUUCAAAUAUCCCAUCCGGGGAAACAAUCCCUUCGGGGCGCAGGGCGCAGAGGCCUUUUGACUUCUACGAUAGCACCAAGCGCAAUCCCAUUGACACUAGGCACUGGCCUCUUGGAUUCGGCCGUGACGUCUCUUGCAUUUCCCAAGCCACGGGAAAUGACACCGAAGGAUAUCGAGAGAGUCAUUCGUCUUUUUGUAGAUACGGCCCGUAUGGUGGCGGACAGUGGGUUUUCAGGCAUUGAGCUACACGCAGCUCAUGGGUAUCUCCUAGAUCAAUUCAUGAACGCCAAGUCCAACCAUCGCACAGAUGCCUACGGAGGAUCUCCAGAGAAACGCGCAAGGCUGCUGCUGGAAAUUCUACAGGGAUGCCGAGAAGUUGUCCCGAAAGGCUUUUGCAUCGGCGUCAAAAUGAACUCCGCGGACCACGGAGCUGCCAACUUGGAGGACACGAUGUCCCAGAUAGGUCUGCUGGUCGCGGCAGGCAUUGACUUCCUCGAAAUCAGCGGUGGCACUUAUGAGAACCCACGAAUGGUCGAGGGUGAUAAAUCACAGACAGUCAAGAAGAGUGCACGAACCGCCGCUCGCGAAGCCUUCUUCCUUGACUUUGCCAAAGAGACUCGCAACCAAUACCCAAAUCUCGUUCUCAUGUUGACCGGUGGCUUUCGCAGUCGUUCCGGUGCAGAAGCAGCGAUCAAAGAGAACGCUUGUGACAUAGUUGGUAUGGCGCGUCCGGCGGCCAUCAAUCCCAGCUUCCCGCAGGUACUUUUAGAUGAAAGCAUCCCAGACGAGGAUGCGCAGAUCUCGCUGAGUCGGGUUCGACCUGGUUUCCUUGCGACGCUGCUUCGCAGUCAAGUUUUAGGAGCCGGUGCUGAGACUGUAAGUUCUUUGCGCGCCGCUCUGCUUCAACACCGUUCACUUUGCACGCGCUAA